CUGCACCGCGCGCCGCAGCUGGAUGGUGCGCCACACAGCUGGACCGCGCGCCACAGCUGGUCAGCCAUGGAGACAAGAGCGCGGCGGCGCCCGCACGUUUUCCCGCUACUGCUGCUGCUGCUGCUGCUCUGCGGGGAGUGUCCCCCAGUGGGCGGCUGCAAUGAGAAGCGCAUGCUGGCCAUGCUGCCCCACUGCGGCCAGACCUUUGCUGAAAGGAUGAAGAAGGUGGAGGUCUGGAAGUGGUGCAACUUGUCGGAGUUCAUCGUGUACUACGAGAGCUUCACCAACUGCACCGAGGUGGAGACCAACGUGGUGGGCUGCUACUGGCCCAACCCCUUGGCGGAGAGCUUCAUCGCUGGGGUCCACAGGCGGUUCUUCCAAAACUGCUCCGUGGACAGGCAACACUGGCAGGACCCCCCAGACGAAAUUCUCAUCCCGCUCAUCGCAGUGCCCAUCCUGCUGACCAUCGCCAUGACCGGCGUGGUGGUGUGGCGCAGCAAACGCACCGACCAGGUGGUGUGAGGGCCCGGUGAGUCCGAGGGGCCCCGCCUGGAGAAACGGAAGAAAGUUCUCCAGGGCUGGGAGAGCCGGUGGACACUCUUCGGCUGUCCCCACCCUGCCUGGGCGGCCUUUGGGCUGGUGAAAGAAAACGUGCCGCGGCUGGAGCCUGCUUGCUGGGCACAAGUCACCGCUGCUUCGCCCGCGCUGUCCCAGGCUGGGCUGGGGCCUCGGGCUUCCUAGCACUGAGUCCCGUGGUGCCCCAUCUGCAGCCCCGGCCAGACCCCGCCUCCCAACUGACUCUACCCCUGGCCCCAGCCCAGCCCUGACUCCACCCCUUGGCUCUGACUCCACCUCUGGCCCUGACCCCACCUCCAGCCCUGGCCCCACCCCCAGUCCUGACCCCACCCCCGGUCCUGGCCCCACCUCCCACUCUGACUCCACCCCAAGCCCUGGCCCCACCCCCAGUCCUGGCCCCACCUCCCACUCUAACUCCACCCCCAGCCCUGGCCCCACCCCAGUCCUGACCCCACCCCCAGUCCUGGCCCCACCUCCCACUCUAACUCCACCCCAAGCCCUGGCCCCACCCCGGCACCGCCCUGGAAAGGUGUGCCUAUUCCCACCUGGCUGGGGGUUGGGGGUAAAGAGAUAGUGAGGGGGUUUUUGUAGGUCCUCGCUUCGCAGGCUUUGAGUCCUCUGUGUAGGGAGCCCACCUAGAGAUCUGGAAGACUGAGGGUUGGGUUGGGGGUUCCGAGGAGCCACAGCACAGCCUGAGACCUGCUUUCUGGGGCCACCACCAGGGGCUGGAGCUUCCCAACGGCCCCCCGCUGUGAGCGCGGCCUCGGGGUGGGGUCCCCUGCGCUGUCCUUCUGGCUGAGCUCUGUCUGCCAUGUCUGUGCUUUCUCUGAGUAAAGAGUCAUGCUGCUU